GGCUGGCCUGGGACCUGGAGGAGGAAGAGGGGGCAGGUGCAGCCGGGAGCUGCGGAGCUGGAGGGAGGAGGACGAGAGCCGCCAGGCCCUCAGAAGCUGUGACCCUCCCCAGCCUCCUUCCCCAGCCCGGGGUGGGGGCCGAUUGACUGUUUCCAGGCCCUGCCUCGGGUAGGGGGGCUGGAGAGCCCCCAGGUGGACCAUGGCGGUGAGAUUCCAGGUGGCCGACAUGGAGGAGCUGACCAUCUGGGAACAGCACACGGCCACGUUGUCCAAGGACCCUCGCCGAGGCUUUGGCAUUGCGAUCUCUGGAAGCCGAGACCGGCCCGGUGGAUCCGUGGUUGUGUCUGACGUGGUACCCGGAGGGCCGGCGGAGGGCAGGCUACAGACAGGUGACCACAUCGUUAUGGUGAACGGGGUCUCCAUGGAAAAUGCCACCUCCACGUUUGUCAUUCAGACACUCAAGACCUGCGCCAAGAUGGCCAACAUUACAGUCAAACGUCCCCGGAGGAUCCAGCUGCCCACCACCAGCAAGGCCAGCCCCUCCGGCCCAGGGCAUCGGGACUCGGACGAGGACGAUGGGCCACACCGGGUGGAGGACAUGGACCAGGGCCAGGGCUAUGAUGGUGACUCAUCCAGUGGCUCCGGCCGCUCCUGGGACGAGCGCUCCCGCCGGCAGAGGCCUGGUCGCCGGGGCCGGGCCAGCAGCCAUGGGCGUAGGAGCCCGGGUGGUGACUCUGAGGCCAACGGGUUGGCCCUGGUGUCUGGCUUUAAGCGGCUGCCGCGGCAGGAUGUGCAGAUGAAGCCCGUGAAGUCGGUUCUGGUAAAGAGGAGAGACAGUGAAGAGUUCGGUGUCAAGCUGGGCAGUCAGAUCUUCAUCAAGCACAUUACAGAGUCGGGCCUGGCUGCCCGGCACCGUGGGCUGCAUGAAGGAGAUCUCAUUCUACAGAUCAACGGGGUGUCCAGCCAGAACCUGUCACUGAGUGACACCCGGCGACUGAUCGAGAAGUCGGAAGGCAAGCUAAGCCUGCUGGUGCUGAGAGAUCGCGGGCAGUUCCUGGUGAACAUUCCGCCUGCCGUCAGUGACAGCGACAGCUCGCCGUUGGAGGACAUCUCGGACCUCACCUCGGAGCUAUCGCAGGCACCACCAUCCCACAUCCCGCCACCACCCCGGCAUGCUCAGCGGAGCCCCGAGGCCAGCCAGACCGACUCUCCCGUGGAGAGCCCCCGGCUUCGGCGGGAAAGUUCAGUCGAUUCCAGAACCAUCUCGGAACCAGGUGAGCAACAGGCAGAGUUGCCCAGGGAAUGCAGCUAUGACAUCUACAGAGUGCCCAGCAGCCAGAGCAUGGAGGAUCGCGGGUACAGCCCCGACACGCGGGUGGUCCGCUUCCUCAAGGGCAAGAGCAUCGGGCUGCGGCUGGCCGGGGGCAAUGACGUGGGCAUCUUCGUGUCCGGGGUGCAGGCGGGCAGCCCGGCUGAUGGACAGGGCAUCCAGGAGGGAGAUCAGAUCUUGCAGGUGAAUGACGUGCCAUUCCAGAACCUGACACGGGAGGAGGCGGUGCAGUUCCUGCUGGGGCUGCCACCGGGCGAGGAGAUGGAGCUGGUGACGCAGCGGAAGCAGGACAUUUUCUGGAAGAUGGUGCAGUCCCGCGUGGGCGACUCCUUCUACAUCCGCACUCACUUUGAGCUGGAGCCCAGCCCACCGUCCGGCCUGGGCUUCACCCGCGGCGAUGUCUUCCACGUGCUAGACACGCUGUACCCGGGCCCCGAGCAGAGCCACGCGCGAGGAGGCCACUGGCUGGCGGUGCGCAUGGGUCGUGACCUGCGGGAGCAAGAGCGGGGCGUCAUUCCCAACCAGAGCAGGGCAGAGCAGCUGGCCAGCCUGGAAGCUGCCCAGAGGGCCGUGGGAAUCGGGCCUGGCUCCUCCGCAGGCUCCAAUGCUCGGGCCGAGUUCUGGCGGCUGCGGGGUCUUCGUCGAGGAGCCAAGAAGACCACCCAGCGAAGCCGCGAGGACCUCUCAGCUCUGACCCGACAGGGCCACUACCCGCCCUAUGAACGAGUGGUGCUUCGAGAAGCCAGUUUCAAGCGGCCGGUGGUGAUCCUGGGACCUGUGGCCGACAUUGCUAUGCAGAAGUUGACUGCUGAGAUGCCUGACCAGUUUGAAAUCGCGGAGGCUGGGGUCCACUCUGACCUCAGACUCCUCACCUUUCCAUCUUUCUCUGUUUACCCUGCUGCAAUCCCCCUCUCCCCAACCUCCGCGGGCCUGGCCCAGGACAAGCACGCGCUCCUGGAUGUGACCCCCUCCGCCAUCGAGCGCCUCAACUAUGUGCAGUACUACCCCAUCGUGGUCUUCUUCAUGCCCGAGAGCCGGCCAGCCCUCAAGGCGCUGCGCCAGUGGCUGGCGCCUGCCUCCCGCCGCAGCACCCGCCGCCUCUACGCACAAGCCCAGAAGCUGCGCAAACACAGCAGCCACCUCUUCACAGCCACCAUCCCUCUGAACGGCACGAGUGACACCUGGUACCAGGAGCUCAAGGCCGUCAUUCGAGAGCAGCAGACGCGGCCCAUCUGGACAGCGGAAGAUCAGCUGGAAGGCUCCUUGGAGGACAACCUAGACCUCCCCCACCGCGGCCUGGCCGACAGCUCCGCUGACCUCAGCUGCGACAGCCGUGUUAACAGCGACUACGAGACAGACGGCGAGGGCGGCGCGUACACAGACGGCGAGGGCUACACGGACGGCGAGGGGGGGCCCUACACAGAUAUGGAUGAUGAGCCCCCGGCUCCAGCCCUGGCCCGGUCCUCGGAGCCUGUGCAGGCAGAUGAACCUCAGAGCCCAAGGGAUCGUGGGAGAAUCUUGGCUCAUCAGGGGGCCCAGGUGGACAGCAGCCAUCCCCAGGGUCAGUGGCGACAGGACAGUGUGCGAACCUAUGAACGGGAAGCCCUGAAGAAAAAGUUUACACGAGUCCGCGAUGCGGAGUCCUCCGAUGAAGAAGGCUACGACUGGGGUCCGGCCACGGACCUGUGACCUCUCCCAGGCUGCCAGCCGGUCCGUCCUCCUUCUCCCUCCCUGGGACUGGGACUCAGUUUCCCAUACAGAACCCGCAACCCCGCCUCCCUCCGCCUGGUCUUUAAUAAACAGAGUAUUUUCACAGC